AUGAUCAUUACUAUUCUUGAAAGCCGGCAUCAUUGUUCAUAACUGAGUCAAUUGAUUAUAAAAUCUGAAAUGCACAUCUUGAUAUCAUAAGCAUCUUUUUUUCUGGCCCACGAUAUGUAUAUGCCUUGA